GUUUUGUUGACACCGGAUCCGAGAGGGCAGUUGCAGCUUUCCCGGGGCUGAAUCGCUAAUUUAAAUGGCUACUUCCGGUUACCGAAAACCAGCUCCUACUGUGGGCCAGAAGAAAAAACCUGGUCCCAAAAUCGAGCUGACUGAGGAGCAGAAGCAAGAAAUUAAAGAGGCGUUUGACCUCUUCGACACGGAUGGAAUUGGAACAAUAGACGUGAAGGAGCUGAAGGUGGCCAUGAGGGCGCUCGGGUUUGAACCCAAGAAAGAAGAUAUCAAGAAGAUGAUUGCAGACAUCGAUAAAGAAGGCUCCGGAACAAUCGACUUCAGUGACUUUCUCGGGAUGAUGUCUUCAAAAAUGACUGAAAAAGACUCCAAAGAAGAGAUAUUGAAGGCGUUCCGGCUGUUCGACGACGACGGCACGGGAACGAUCUCCUUCAAGAACCUGAAGCGAGUCGCCAAGGAGCUCGGGGAGAACCUCACGGACGAAGAGUUAAAGGAAAUGAUCGACGAGGCGGACCGGAAUGGCGACGGGGAGGUCAACGAGCAGGAGUUCUUGAGGAUAAUGAGGAAGACCAAUCUCUACUGAAGCCGGUCCGGACCCAGAUCUCUAAGGUCCAUCCUUCGACUCCCAUCGGAUCGGUUUGAGCCACAGUUUUUCUCCUGGACCUUUUUUUCCCCCCCUAAGACAGAUUUAAGAAAACAUGUUUCAUCCCGCGGUGUAUUUUUGCACAGAUUUUUUUUCUACAAUGCAAGAAAAAUAAAUAUAUUUCCCUCACAUCCGUCUGCUCCUACUUUUCACAUCCACCGUAGUUCCCCGGAGUCGCGGUGCACAGCAGGCAGUGGAAGUCAAGUGCUCUCUCUCUCUCUCUCUGACUGACGUGAUGAUGUCAUUGAACAUAUUUGUUGACGGCGCGGUUGAUAUUAAUAUUUGUGGUCGUUGAUAUUCUCCCGCCUGCAGGAAGAGAUCAAAUAGUGUGAGGUGACAAUGUUUUGGGUUGUAAUUGAAUAUAGAAGAAAAUAAAUAAAAAUUCAUAAAAAAAUA